AUGAUAUACCUGAUUAUUUUUCUGGUAUUGAUUUUCUAUGUUUUCUAUCGAUUGUAUCAGUAUUUUUACCCAUCACCUAAUGUCGAUCCACGCAAUAAAUAUGUUCUCAUUAGUGGUUGUGAUACUGGCUUCGGUUUAGCAUUAGCCAUUGAACUUGAUAAACAAGGCUUUAAUGUACUUGCUGGUAUAUACACUAUCGAUAAUAAGAUUUCUCUCAUCGAUAAACUUUCAUCACGUGCUACUAUCUUUCGUCUUGAUAUUACGCGUCAAGAAGAUAUCGAUGCUGCAUACGAUAUGAUUAAUAAAAAAACGAAUACUCUUCAUGCACUUAUUAAUAAUUCUGGUAUAAGCAGGAGUGGAUAUAUCGAUUGGAUUACCGUCGAUCUCAUGCGUACAACUAUGGAUGUGAACUUUUUCGGUCAUGUUGCAAUGACUAAGAAAUUUUUACCAUUACUCAUAACUAAGCGAGAUUCACGCGUUGUUAAUAUAUGUUCAAUUUAUGGUUUCAUAAGUGGACCAGCCAAGUCAGGCUAUUGUGCCUCGAAAUAUGCACUUGAAUCAUUUUCUGAUUGUCUUCGACGUGAAAUGGCUGCAUGGGGUCUUCGAGUAAGCAUUAUUGAACCGGGUUUUAUGCAAACACCCAUGAUUCAAGGACACAAUCCUUUUGUGCAAAAUCUAUGGAAUAGUCUUCCCAUCGAUGUGAAAGAUCGAUGGGGUGAAGAAUUUUUCAAUGCUGAAAUUAAACAAAUAGCUACCAAUGUCUUCAUUCAAAAUGCUGAAAAUUUUAACAAAGUAGUGCAUGCACUUCGACAUGCUGUUAUGAACACAAAUCCGUGCAUUCAUUAUAAGCCGGGAUGGCAGUCUAGUUUAUUUUUUUCUCCACUCUCAAUGGCUCCGACUUGGUUAGCCGAUCUAAUCAUAGCUAGAAUAUGUGGUUCGGGUGUCCUUCCUGCAGGUGUGCGCAAACAACAUGUGGAAUAA